AUGAUUGAGGGAAUGGUGAAGGAUGGUGUUAUUGAACCUUCAUCUAGUCCAUGGUGUUCAUCUGUGAUGCUGGUAAAGAAGAAGGACGGCAGCAUGCGGUUUUAUGUUCACUACCACCGUCUGAACAACGUUACGAAGAAGGACAGCUAUCCCUUGCCAAGAAUUGAUGACACGCUGGACAUGCUUACAGGCGUAAAAUGGUUUAGUACGCUGGACCUGAAAAGUGGCUACUGGCACGUUGAAAUUGACCCUAAGGACAAGGAGAAAACUGCAUUCUCCACAGGAAAGAGUCUGUGGCAAUUUAAAGUUAAGCCGUUUGGAUUGUGCAAUGCUCCAGCAACGUUUGAAAGGUUGAUGGAUCUUGUACUUACUGGGCUAAUUGGAGAUGCCUGUCUGGUCUACUUGGAUGACAUCAUCAUCGUAGGCCGUACGUUGGAGGGACACCUUCAAAACCUGGAACGCAUGCUCAUGAAGAUCCAGAGUGCCAACCUCAAGUUUAGUCCGAAGAAGUGCUCACUAUUCAAACGGCAAGUUAGCUUUUUGGGGUAUGUAGUGUCGGAAGAAGGUAUCCGCACGGAUCCAGAGAAAAUUGCCGCUGUCAAGAAUUGGCCGGUUCAAAAAGACAAGACACAGGUUAGAGCAUUUUUGGGUUUGUGCUCUUAUUAUCGGCGAGAUAUGAAGAACUUUGCAGAUAUAGCCAAACCUCUGCACAAGCUAACCGAGGAGAAGCGACAAUUCUGCUGGGAUGAAAGUUGCGAUAUUGCAUUCCAGGAACUCAAGAACCGUCUGUGCAAAACACCUAUUUUGGGGUACCCUAAUGCGGGCAAGGAAUUCAUAGUUGACACAGACGCAAGUGAUAUAGGACUUGGCGGUAUGUUGUCUCAACGGAAUGGUGAUCAAGAGAUUGUGAUAGCGUACUUCAGCAAGUCGUUGUCAAAGCCGGAAAGGAACUAUUGUGUCACAAGACGCUAA